CAUUUCCGUCCGGGACGAGAGCACGGGAUCCAAGGGCGGCAGCAAACGUCGUCUCCGCCGAAGGGAUGGAGCCGUACUGGCCGCUGAUACGCGCUGAUAUCGUUCACCCAGUGAAAAAGAGCCGAGAGUCUCGUGGGGGCGCGAGUUGCUCGAGCAGCCGCUUCUGCUCAGAGAAAGAGAGAGAGAGAGAGACAGAUAGAGACGAAGAGAGAAAGAGAGAUACUCCUCUCGCGUAUCGCUCCUCGUCGUAGGGAAUUACGGAUUUAAUUUCGGAGCGCCGAAAUACCACGAGUAUCAAUAUUCCGCUCGGUAUUGCGCGCGCGAGAAAAAGAAAAAAAGAAUUUUCAGCACGUACCUGCGGCAGCGCGUGUGAAAGGAAAAAAAAAGGGGGAAAAAAGAAAGAAGCGCCGCGUCGGUCUCUCUUCUGACUGCGAAUGCGGCCGCCGAUUAAUGCGAGGUAUCAAAUUGUCCUUGCUUGCACAACCGUCGGUCGGCCCCGUAUAUCUGUCUCGUCGUCGUCAAAUGUCCGAAUACCGUUGCGCUUCGUGUCGGGAAUAGUACUGCAGGUUGCCACCCAACGGUUCCACGUGGCGCGUUACGGUGCGAAAGUGAAAGUACAGAUACUUUUUCCUCCUACAAAUUCGAUCGCGCCACCCGAACGACACGAGAGAUCGUGCUUUAUUUCCCGGGAAGAAGAAACAAGAGGUUUCUUCCCACCUUCCCCAAAUGCCCCGCGUGCCUCAUCAUCGUUUCUGCCUGCGUGUCCUCACGAGCGCGCGUUUUUAUUCGCGAUCCCGAGUUAUAACGAGCAACUAAUUUGCAAUUUGACGCUAACUCAAUGUUAAUUGGAUGUUAAUUAAAUCGGUGUACAUGAUUAAUCGAGAUGAGCGGGGAUUCUAUUAUCGUCGCGCGUACGUCCAUUAUAUCUUUCGCGAGAGUCGUCGAAUUUCGCGGGCGAUCGUUAUUCGGCUUAUUCGACCAUCGCCAAACGUUAUAUGUACACAUAUAUUAUAAACAUGUAUAUAUCUCUACGGGCACGUGCUCUCUCAGGAUAAUUCAUACAGUUGAAAGUGUUUGCGCUGCGCUUGACCCCCUUGCACAAACGGCGGAAGGCAAAUACAACCAGUUUAACGAUCUCGUGUCUCUCGUAAAGAAAUCGAUGACCGGACAGGUUUCGGACGAAAGUAACGAUCCCAUCCGUCAGCCCCGAUGGGUUCCGCGGUAAUUUUCUCGAGGCAAAAGCGAUCCCGACCUCCGGUCGAUGCGAUUUCGAGCGGCGGCGGCGACGCGUUUCACGAUGAGGAUGGACCGACGAAGGAUUUUCCAGCUUCCACUCCGAUCGUCCCCACUAUGUGAGCCGGGGAGCCCAUCCGACUUACCUGGAAACCACGCCUCAAGUCCUGUGCCCCACGGAUUGGAUGGAGGUGGUCGUGUUUUUGGGCAGCUCGGGCCGCGCUCGCGACACAUUGUCACUCGUGCGCGUGCACGCACUCGAGUGGAACCGUCAGUCCGUCCGUCCGGUCCGUCCGGAACCGUCCGUCGUGCGCAGGAAACUUCGUCGUUGUCGUCGUCGUCGUCGUGUCUGGGUCCUCCUGGUUGACAGACGAGAGAGAGAGAGAGAGAGAGAGAGAAGGACUGCACCCGGUCUCCGUUUCCACCUGCUUGACAAUCCGAACACAGCCCGAGCACGUGCACUCGCGUGAGUAUGAGACUUUGCGGUACACCUCUCUAACGCGUCGUCGCUUUGUUUUAACCGGCCAGGCUCUUGGUAUCGGAAAAGGCGAUUUAGCUUUAAGGAUGAUUUAUUAAGGAUUUCCUCCGCCUCCCCGAAAAGGGGGAAAACUAAUACAGCUAAUUACCGUUGAGUCUACCGGUCAUCUCGCGUACAUUGUUGCUCCGGGUCGAAGCUGAUUGCCUGAAAUUGCCCGUCUUUGAGAUUCGAUUGUAUUUGCAAUGUCCAGCCUUUAAACGAAAUUUGUCCCGCGGCCUUGGCUUCACGUGGAAACAGGAGGCGCCUCGGAUCUCCUUUUUUCCUUUCUCUCUCUUAUUUUGCUAUUCCGAAAACCGGUGUAAUCCGGCGAACUCGAUUUUAACGAUUGAAUUUCACGGUUAGGGAGGGUCGUCGAGCCCUCCGCUCGUCGAUAUCGGCGAUAAAUCUCCCGUUUUCUUUUUGUUAUACCGACCGUACAAGUGAUAAGCACGAUUCAGCUGUUUAUCGAGUUACUAGUAAACGUUUAUUGAUCGUAAAUAAUUUUAUACCGAUAUACACAUUUGCGCAAUUCCUUACCGCGAGGUCUCACGCUUGAGGUUUCCGACCGACUGAUAUUGGCAGUUAAUAAAGCCCAUAUUAAAUUCAGGGAAACAACGGUCUUAUAUCACGAGAGUUUAUUAACUGAUUAAGCGAGCUGCAAUUCGCGAGUGACCCGCGUAAUUUAUGCCCGCAACUUUCGAAUUGUGCGAGCGACCCAAUAAUACCCAAGAGAAUACGACACGAGGAGGAUUCAAAUCCCGAUAAUUUACGAUCGCCCGUACGUACGCGGCUUAUCCUUACUUUUUUUUUCCGUCCCCUUGACAUAUUUAUGAAUCGAGAUAAUAAGCCGGUCAAUAAAAAUGUCGCUAGACUCGGUUCGGUACUCGAGUUCGGUAACGGGAGGAUCUUGUACAGUUAGAAUAUGAUUCAGAGAGAGAGAGAGAGAAAGAGAGAAAAAAUAGAUUAAUUCUAUAAAUCUACAAAGUCUAACGGAAGAAUGUGGAUUCCCCCUCAUAAAUUCGAGAAGGAAUUGAUUAAUCGUGAACGGCGUUCGGCGCUGUCAAGGUAACGUGAGAUCUGAACCGGGAAUUGCACCUUCCCGGUCAUUCGCUUCGCGAAGGAAUCCGUUCGGCUCGAUGUUUAUCCCCGAAAGCCGGAGUUCCAUUCAUCUCGCAUUUUACGACCGCGAUUAGCGCCGCCUGUUUUUCUAAGGAUCGUGGGCGGGAAUUUCGGUGCUAAAAAUCGGCGAAGAAGCGGCGCCGAGGGACAUUGUAUCGUCCAGGGCCUAAACAGCCUUGCGUUGCGCCGCCCGUUGGAUUUACGCCUUCCGUCGUCAUCCCGCUGUGUCGUUUUGAAUUCCGUCGUCGGACAUUUGCCUAUCUCACGUGGAAUUCCUCUUUCUCCCUUCGAAGGGAAUCGGCCGUGUUUAUCACUGCGAUUUGAUAGCACCGGCCUCACGACGAAGGUCAACCGGCUCUCUGUUUUUACAUUUCAAUGAAUCUUUAAUUUUAUUUGGACCACAGAGCGAGCCUGGAUCUCCGUGGAUCCCGCGAUUUGCGGAGAGCCACUUACGAUUGUCGAUUCAACCAACGCAAGCGGCAGCUACGUUAUACAAUGAUAUAACAAUCAUAGGGAUCAUUGUAUGUCAUAUUCAUAAUUAAUAGAAUUAAUUUGCAUAUUAAUAUUAACCAAUUUAAUGUAUCAAUGUUUAAUAUCGAUUAAUACUUUGGCAGCGUGAUAAUACAUUAGAUAUUGCAUGAUUCAUGCGUUUGGGGGGGUACAGUUACAUCAUCGCGUGGAAGAAGGAGCUCAUGGGACGUAUUACCGUUAUCACAAUUUUCAAAUCGAAGCAUCUGUCGCGAAUGACGAAUCCGCCGGUUCCACCUCAUCGGAAUUCAGCUUGCGAUUCAGCAGCUGAUUGAAAGAUUGCGACACACUCUAAAUGAGCUCCUAUUUGAGUCCCAGGCCUAAUGGUGGCCGUCACUCGAGAUCGUCACCCUCGUAUCUCGUCGCGUGUCAAACAGCUGUCAAUGACACGUGUAAAUGUCAGAGAAUUCCGCGUCCGUUCGAUAUGCUAAUCAACGCGACGAUAAACGGCGAUAAAUUUCCUUUAUAUGAGCGGCCGUUAAACGCAGACCGGACGUUUAUUUUAAGCCUUGAUACAAGAGUUUCGGUUCUCUCAACCCGAGAGGAAAGAACGAUGCCCUUGGCGCCGAUCCUAAUCCUACGCUACGCGUAUCGCUUAAUAAUACGUGACGUAAGGCGGCCAAACGACACUUCUCGCCAUUAUUGUUGUCGUAACGACACCAUUGGCACAAUACGCGUUGCUUCACCUUCUUACGCAAGAUUCGGCAUCUACCAGCUGAUUCAAGGACGACAUCCGCCGCGAUUUCAUUUCAUUUCAUUGUCAAUCUCUUCCCCCCGCCGUUCGGAGGCGGAAUACGUUACGACUGGAGUUCCGAACAUGAAUUCGGCGGGAGCGCGUCCGAAGCUAGACUCUCGUGCCCCUGAAAACACUCUACAUAGCACUCGCGAGAAUGCGAGACGAGUGCGAAGCUCGUAAUUAAGUCAAUAUAUUGUUCUACGUUGACAACUGUCUUAUUUAUUUCAAAACUUUUAACAAGAAAUUUCCAUUUGAGAAAAUGAUCACCAGGCAUCGGCGAAACAAUAUCCUGCUCGUGAUAUUAUACUUCUGCAUGCAAGUGCCCGGCGCGAUCCACGGUCAUGGAAGAUUGAUGGACCCGCCGUCCAGGAACGCCAUGUGGAGGUUCGGCUAUCCAAACCCCGUCAACUAUAACGACAACGAGCUCUUCUGCGGCGGAUACGCAGUGCACUGGCAGCAGAAUAAGGGCAAGUGCGGAGUCUGCGGGGACGCGUAUCACCUGAGUCAACCGCGUCCGCACGAGGCCGGUGGUGAGUUCGCAAACGGGAUCAUCGUUCGCCACUACACCGUCGGCCAGGAAAUCGAAGUGGAGAUCGAGCUCACCGCCAAUCACGGGGGCAGAUUCGAGAUGUACGUCUGUCCUAAUAACGACCCGUCGAGCGCGGCGACCCAGGAGUGCUUCGACUCCUAUCCUCUGUACGUGUCCGGCACGCAGGACGUUCGCUUCGAGAUACCGCGCGAUACCGGAAAGAAGGGCAUCAUUAGGUACACGGUUACGUUGCCAUCGUACUUAACGUGCUCGCAAUGCGUCGUACAGUGGAAUUAUUACACAGGUAACAUGUGGGGCACGUGUGAAAAUGGUACGGAAGCGGUCGGAUGCGGUAGGCCGGAAACCUUCCGCAACUGUGCGGACGUGAGCAUCGUCACCAGCACCGGUGGGAUACCGCCGCGGUUUCUGUAUCAGAAUAUUAUUUACGAGCUGCAUUAUUCCGUGGCGCCGAAAUACUCGACCGCGCCGCUCGCGCGGCCACUCAGGGUUCAAGUGUGCGAGCCAACCGCGGCUUAUCGAUACAGGCAGAAUAUGACCAAUUGGUGUCAAGUGAAUUGCAUUCGCGUCCCGUCCAACUGUCCGCCUGGCGUCUGCCACUGUCUAAACACAUGCGACGCUAUUGGAGACAUUGCCGACAAACCUGGAGCGGACCAAUACUGUCUGCGACGUUGCAUGCGCUAUCCGUCAAAUUGCCCGGCUGAUCGCUGUAACUGUUAUUGAAACACUGCAGACACUGUGUGACCGGUAUUACAUUGACAUUUCACGUGCAGCGUCAUUUCAAGUGUGACGUGUGAAUAUGUAUGUAUCGAAUUAAUAAAAGUCUAUAUUAAUACGCGUAA